UAUUGCCGUGGUCCAUUUACACAUGCGAGUGGUGAAUGCGCCAUUCUGCCUUAAGAAACUCAACACGGAUGGAUGCCUGCCAUUAUUCAUUACCAUUCAAACAGCCACAUCUGAAUAGCUCGUUUUCUUUCCUGUUUCGUUGUUCUUUUCUUCAGCAACUACCUAGGACAGAGUUCAUCACUGGACUUCCUUUACCUUUCCUUUCUCAACCCCACACUUUGCCCACCUCGUCGACAGCCUCGCCAGUGCUAAUACAUUACAACCCAACAGACAGCUCUUCGCUAAAAACAUCGCUACGCGUUUACCGACCUAAAGCACUGAGGAGCUCAGCGCGAAUCUACUUUCCAGGUAUCAGAUACACUUACGAACAUACUUAUCCGCAACACGAUGGCUUCCAACGUCGCUGUCGCGAGCCCGUCGUUGCUUGACGAACCAGUCGACUACCGCGACCUGAAGGAAUGGAUCGCGCAGCAGGAGAUCAACCCGAAGCCGCUCACGCCGGUCCAGCAGCGGGCCAUUGCUGACCUCAAGCGCUCGCUGGAGCCCGACCUGGGCGGCCGGGACUGGGUCACCUUGCUAAAUCUGUUCUCGCAGGCCACUGGUGCUGCGUCCGAGUUCACGGAGGACCUGGCCGAUAACGGCGGCUGGGCCUGCCAGUGCAAUCUCCGACUCUCCGCCGAGACCGAGCAGAUGGUGUUCCCCAACCAGGCCGCCGGCUUCGUGGUCGGCGAGACGGGCACCCGCUGCGCGCCGGGCUUCGCGCGCAAGAAGGACGCCAAGCAGUGGGCCGCCAAAUGCUGCGUCGAGUGGCUCAUGGCGAACGGGCAUAUGCCGUCGGAUGGGAAGAGCGUGACCUUCCCCAAGAGCAAGGCAAAGUCGCCCGCCAAAGCAGCUGCGCAGCCGACGAAGCAGCCCGCAUCUACUGCUGCUACUACUACUAUCACUGGCAACACCAACGGCUACAACAACACCACGACUUCUACGACGAUCACGCCCAAAAAGAGGACCCAUUCCUCCUCUGAAACCACCAAUCCGGUCGACAUCAUCAAAGACGAAGACGACGUCCCCGCCACGCGGCGCGUAACCCAGCUCUGCCAACAGCUAGGCAUCAUCACGCCGCAGUACCGCAUCACACCCACACUCACAACCAUGACCACCACCGCCACCAGCACCGACUCAGGCUCAGGCUCAGGCUCAGCCUACUUCGACGGGUACCCGGACUUUGGCGCCGACAGCGUCAAGGUGCCCGACGGCCUGGGCCGCGUGGCCAACGUGUACGGCAGGAAGAACACCCGGGAGCGCAUCGCCGAGGAGGUGCUGGCCUGGCUGGUGGCCGAGGAGAAGAGGCGCGGGGCCGAGCUGGCCGGGUUGUUGGCGCUGACGCAGCAGGCGCAGAAUGGGAAUGGGAAUGGGAAUGGGAAUGGGAAUGGGAAUGGGAAUGGGAAUGGGAAUGGGAAUGGGAAUGGGAAUGGUGAGGAGGGGGCGUGCCUCUGA